AUGGCCGACCCGCCCCCGCCACCGCCUCCACCGCAUGGACAGGACGCGCGACCGCCGGGUGGGAAUGCGAGUGGGAGUGGGAGCGGAUUGCCGGAUGGCAACUACGACAUCUUCAUCAUCCCGCCGCAUUCGGCUGGUUCGGGGUUUCUUUACCUGCCGUCCAUGCAACCGCAUCGGAAUAGUUUCCUGCUUGGUGUUGCGUGUGCGCUAUUGGCUGUCGGGGUGUGGACGCUGGUGAUGCCGGUGCUGAAGCAGUGGCUUAGUACUGUUGUUGCGAGUGGUGGGAUGGGUGUGUUGUUGUUGGUUGCUGGGGUGGGGAUCGCGGGAUGGGCUUGGGGAAAGACACAAGGGGAGGCUGGGAGUGGGGAGGGUGAGGGUGGUAGUGGUAAGGGCAGUACGAGUGGAACGGGCAAGGCAAGGUAUGAGCAGCGGCAGCAUGAGUCGCAUGCGCAUGGGUAUGCGCCGCAGCCGGACGCUCAAAGUACAGCUCCUCCGCCUCCACCUCGCCCGCCAGAAGAGUCGACUCCCCCGAAACCGGCGCCGACUCCGAAAUCAGCGGCAGCGAGUGGAUGGGAGAAGGCGAGAGAGGAGACACGGAAACGGGAAGAGGAACGUAAACGUGCAGAAGAGCUGAAGAAGAAACGAGAAGAAGCGCAGAAGCUGCGUGAAGAAGCGGAGCGAGUAGCGAGAGCUAAGGCGGAGAAAGACAAGUGGGAGCAAGCUCGAUCGAGAGAGAAGGAGCAACGAGAGCGAGAAGCACGAGAACGCAUAGCACGGGAACGACUAGCUCGAGAUAAAGAGACUAGAGAAAAGGAAAAGGAAGCAAGAGAAAAAGACACACGCGAGCGCGAAGCCCGAGAGAAAGCAGAAAGGGAAAAGACCAAAACCUCCAGCAAACCUGCAACAAGCAAGUACGAGAAACCGACCGCAACCUCCUACGUUGCCAGCGAAGCAGGAAACACCCACUCCUACCGCCCCUACGACUCACCUCCCAGCAAGAAUCGCCCAACCUACAAAUCCUCCGCCUCCUCCAUUUCCGGCCUGAGCGAAAGCAGCUACGCCCCGACCGUGAGCACCGCCCGCACCACCCCGCCACCGUCCCAGCGAGGACCAUAUAGCACUCAAGACCCGGACAAAAUCCACCUCAAAGCCGUCUACCUCUUCACCGACUCCUUCCCCACCAAACCCGUCGCCCAAUUGAUCUCCAACACGGGCGCCGUGACGGACGGCCUAAUCCUGCGCAUAAAAACCGAGGGAUUAUUCAUCGAUGAUGAUAUCCGGGGUGUGCCGCAACGGGAAUGGGAUGUCAAGGCUUGGACGCUGAAGUUGGUUGAGGAUGGGAAGGUGGGCGGGUUGCAUGUCCUCAGGGCGACGGCGAGGGAUGCGGAGAAUAAGCGGUAUACGUUUGUGUUGGAGGAGAAGGAGGCGUGGAAGGUGGCGGUCGGGUUGCAGAAGUUGAAGAAGGGGAGUCAGGUGAGGAGUUUGGGGAUGAAUGGGAUGAAGGAGGGGGAGGUGAAGAACCUUUUGAGUUCGAUGAGGUGGGUGUAG